GUGUCUGAGACCAUUGCCCGAGCAUCCCAUUCCAUCCACCCAGGCCCCAGCCCGAUGGGAAGCGCGGCGGCCGCCGGCGAUUCGGCCGCCGAGCUGCUGCUCCGCACGGCGGCGCUGGUGCCGCCGGCGCACUACGCCGUCGCCGCCGCCCUCCUCGCCUGCGCCUUCCUGUACCGCUUCCUCGAGCUCCACCUCGUCGGCGACCUCUUCCGCGGCCUCCGCGGGCGCCGCGUCGCGCUCACCUUCCACCCCGCCUCCCACGUCUACCACCGCGUGGCCUCCAAGUGCCGCUCCCUCCACGGCAGAUAUUUGGCAACCCCGUGGCUAGCGAGCCCUCACUUGCAGACACUGUUCCUGAGCAUCUUUGGCAGACCGCCUUCGUUCACAUAUAGAAGGCAGCUGUACACAGUUCAUGAUGGUGGGACCAUUGCUUUGGAUUGGUUACUAGCCUCUGAUUGUGAAGAAGCAGAUGUUGGUUUUUGUGAUGGAGUUAUCUCUAGGGAUGAUUCAACGCCUCUUGUUGUUGUGAUACCUGGACUAACUAGUGAUUCUACUGCUGCUUAUUUGAAACACUUGGUCUUUUCUAUGGCAAGCAAAGGGUGGAAUGUUGUUGUAAGCAAUCAUAGGGGUCUGGGUGGCAUUUCCAUAACUUCUGAUUGCUUCUACAAUGCUGGAUGGACAGAAGAUUUCCGUGAGAUUGUCAAUUAUCUUCAUCAGAAAUAUCCACAGGCUCCAUUAUUUGCUGUUGGGACAAGCAUAGGUGCCAAUGUUCUGGUUAAGUAUCUCGGGGAAGAAGGUGAGGGUACCCCUCUGGCUGGUGCUGUAUCUAUUUGCUCACCCUGGGAUCUGGUGGUGACCAACAGAUUUAUUCAGCGCAAGCUUGUACAACGAUGUUAUGACAAAGCUCUUGCAAUUGGUCUCAAAGGAUAUGCAAAACUACACCAACCCGUCUUGGCAAGACUUGCUAACUGGGAAGAUAUUAGAAAGUCGCGAUCUAUCAGGGAAUUUGACCGCCAUGCCACUUGUGUGGUUGCAAAAUAUGAGACAGUGGACACAUUCUACCGCCGGUGCAGCAGUGCAAAUUACAUUGGUAAUGUGUCAGUUCCUCUGCUUUGUAUCAGUGCUCUUGAUGAUCCCCUUUGCACAAAGGAGGCCAUUCCCUGGGACGAAUGCAGGGCAAACAAAAACAUUGUUUUGGCAACUACACAUAACGGUGGUCAUCUUGCCUUUUUCCAAGGGUUAACUGCUGGAAAGCUAUGGUGGGUGGGAGCUGUAUCUGAGUUUCUCCUUGCUCUACAUGAUAGCCCCUACAUGCAUCGUCAAAAGGCACAAGAACACAAUUUGCACACUUCGUUGGAAUCAUCCAUCGAUAAAAGCCCAUAUGUGAAUUUCAUGGAAGAUGGGAUGGUAACUGCGGUGACAAAUGAUGAUGCCAACAACAGUGACUCAGAUAACCCUAUUUCCAAUGAAAUGGAACUCCGUAGUGGUAAAGUUGAUGUGCAACAGAAUGAAAUCGCCACAGAAGUACAGAAUGGGUGUUGUGGUGACAGCUCACAAGAGGAUGUAACAUCAGCCCAAGACCCUGUAGGAUCACCAGAACAGGCGGAAGAAAGCACAGAUAAAAUCCAGGAUGUCAUUGCUCCUGUAAAGAAAUCCAUUAACCAGCUCACUCGAUCGCAGGGGAGAACUGUCUGGUUGCUUGCUUACAUUGCUCUUGUGACAUCUUGGCCUUUGCUUGGUACCCUAGGUUUUAUCUUUUUUAGAAAGAAGUUAAGGAAUUCUCUGCCUGCCAAAUGGUUAAGAAACUAAAACAAUUAUAUUUACACUACAUUCACAUAUUUGUUUCACGUGUAGUAUGUAAAAUGAUGGCAACAACCAGUUAAGUUCAUAUUUGUAUAUCAGUGCCUAAGAAAAUAAAAUAUAUAGAUGUUAAAUGCUGUCAUGUAAUGAUUCGAUUCCUCUGUAAUUUUCUGCAGUUGGAAUUAUUAAACAUCUCCCAGUAUUUUA